GAUGCUUCUUUCCAUUAUACUCCGCCCCGUUUUGGCCACUGUCAGAGCAGUGAGUGCGCUGAUGAGAGCGCUGAGAGCAGAAGGAGUACAAACCGGACGGUGAAGGAUAGCGGCUGGCGAUAUGCAUAAAUAGGAAGGACCGGAUGGACUCCCUCGUCCUCAACAUCAGUUGCACCUCCAUCUCAUCGAACUCAGCAAUCAUCGCACUUCUAGCGAACCUCAGCAACCAACGCCCAACGGUUCACUCCGACCCACAUACACUUAAAAUGCGCGCUACCCUCGCUUUCCUCGCCCCACUCCUCGCCGCCAGCGCCCUCGGGGCACCCGCCGCUCCAGCUGCUCCAGCUCCCGAUGCCGCCGCCGCUGCGUGCUCCGCCAGUGACUGGAACAUCCUUGAGAACCGCGAUCUGAAGGACAUUGGAGAUCUCACUGCCCACCCGGUCUUCAAAAAGAAGUUCAACAGUGCUUGCGAAUGCGCCAACGCCGUGAGCGCCGUUCCAUCCCCCAAGGCUGCCUUCUUCGUUUGGAACAGUUCCACCAAGGAAUGCUUCCCUAAGGGCGUCACUCCGUUCACCCAAGAGAACUCCCAACGCCUCACCAUCGCUGAUCAGAUCAGUGAUAAAAUCGACGAUGCCGAGAAGGGUCUCUUUGCUACCAACGCGCAGCUCAAAAAGGUUUGCGGCGCUAGUUUCCGCAUCCCCACUCAAUGGGCAAAUGUGGAAACGGGAUGCUCGGAAAUUUGUGCCGCCAACACUUUCGUCGACGGCUGUGACUUUGCAAUCACCAUCGCCGCUCACGCUGGUAAGCCAUGAUCGUCCACGAGUGUAUGGCGAUACGGCACUUCUCACUUCUCAUCGCUGACCGUUCCUCCUCGUUUAUUGUUUUCUCCUACUCCUAGGCUUCACG